AAUUUGGGUUGGGUGUGGUCCUGUCGUUGGUUUCACAGCAAUCAUGCCGCUCAUCUACGCUUUCGUGUCGAGAGGGACCACUGUCUUGGCGGACUACACAACUUACACCGGCAACUUUGCAACUGUUGCUAUUCAGUGCUUGGAUAAGCUAAACACUUCUUCUGCAAAUUCCAAGGUCGCUUUCAAUUGCGAUCACCACACCUUCAACUACCUUGUCGACGGGGGCUACACAUACUUGGUAGUGGCGGACGAGAAGUUCGGACGUCAGAUACCCUUCGCGUUCUUGGACAAGGUCAAGGCUGAAUUUGCCGAGAAGCAUGCAGAGUCCAGCCGCACACUCCAUGCCCACAGCCUGGACAAAAUCUUUGGGCCCCGGCUAAAGUACUGGAUGGACUACUGCCAAGAGCACCCGGAUGAGAUGAACAAGAUUGCGUCCGUGCAGAAGAAGGUGGACGAGGUGAAGAACAUCAUGGUGGACAACAUUGAGAAGGUGCUGGAGCGCGGCGAAAAGAUCGAGCUGCUCGUGGACAAGACAGAUAACCUGCGCUUCCAGGCUGACAGGUUCCACAAGACAGGGCGCCAGCUGCGCAGCAAGAUGUGGUGGCAAAACAUGAAGAUGAAGCUCAUCAUUGCGGCUGUGGUGGUUGUGCUUGCCUUUAUCAUCUUCCUCAUGGCAUGCUUCAGCGGCAGGAACUGCCUCAAGCACUGAGGCUCAGGAUACAACAAAUGCAGCACGCCCAGUUGAAUUGUCAGUGUCAAGUAUUUAUUUCUGGGCCGCUACGUGCGUGAGGUGGCAGCAGUACGAGGCAGAGUGGCUUCCAUCUGGAACGCAUGAGGCCUCCUCGGGCUGUUGCAAGGGUUGUUGAUGUUGCAUCAUGUCUGUCUCAUCAGAAAAUCUCCCAGACUGCAAUAUUGUCUUUCUUUUGGUCUCUUGUCCUUUCUUGUGGAAGCUCUGGGUUUUUAGAUGCUGUGCCGUGUAUCAUAGAAUCAUAGAAGCUAUGGCAGGAUCCCCCUUGCACUUGGAUGGAACCUCACUCAUGCACAGCAGCCUUUCUUAUUUGGCCGGCAUGUUAUAGACAGAACUCUACAACUAGAACACUGUUGGGGUCAGUUCCCAGCAAAGAAUUAGAUCUGGUUGGUUUACCGCUGACCUCGAGCCAGAUUCCAGCAGUGAGUCAGAAUUGCGUCAGUGCAAUUGUGAUUGGUUCUGCACUGUCUUGGUUUGGCUACCACCCAUGGAAGUCCAAGAUCAAUUGUGAGGAUUGAUGCUGUAUACAAUCAUAGCAACUUGCCCUCAAUAUUUGUGAGCAUUGAAUUUGUUCUGGAGGCUAAUGUCUCAAUAAUCCAGUCUUAU